AUGGUUUUGCGUCAAUUACCUCGAGCGAUACGUGCUUGGUUAUAUGGAACCGCAUUAUUUAGGCUUGUUUGGGAUAUAAAUACUCGUGGAGCACAAACUAUGUGGUGGGUUAUGCAGUAUAUCUUCGAGCGUCGACAUAGUGGAAAAAUCACAUUUUCAGGAGACAAAUUAAUGCCUAAUGACAGCGCUAUAGUGAUCAGUAAUCAUCGAUCUUUUACCGACUUUUAUAUGUUACAUUCAGUAGCGAUACGGAAGAAUAUGUUACCGCAUGUCAAAUAUUUUGCUAAAGAUUCAUUAAAAUAUAUUCCAUUUUUUGGAUUUGGAAUGUGGUUAAUGGGUAUGCUCUUUAUUAAAAGAAACUGGACUCAAGAUGAAGUUCGACUAAAUAAAAUGUUUAACGCAAUAAAACAAUACAGAGCUCCAAUUUGGGUGGUAAACUUUUUAGAAGGAACUAGGAUGACACCACAGAAAGUCAGAGAGGGUCAACAAUUCUCUAAAAAACGCGGUUUACCAAUAUUACAAAAUUUAUUGGUCCCACGCACAAAAGGAUUCAUUGCUUGUCUUGGUCAAUUACGAGAUACUCACGUGAAAUUUGUAUAUGAUUUUACAAUUGCAUAUCGUCACGUCACUAAAGGAAUACAGUCACCACCAAAUCUUGUACAAGUACACAGUUAUUCCAAUCUGUCACCACCUUGGUCUUUUCAUGUGCAUGUACGAAAAUACGCAAUCGAAGAUUUACCGAGGGACGAGGAAAAAAUUGCUGAAUGGGUCAAGGAAAGAUUUGUUGAAAAGGAUGCAAUAUUAGAAGAUAUGAAGACACAUUGGACUAAAAGCGAACGUUUGGGUGAAGUUCAUGUUGAUAAAUAUUUUAAAUAA